AUGAAUACUAGUGCAAAUACUAAAAAACAGUGUGCUACAUGUAACAAGAGUAGUGGCAUAUUAAUUUGUGAAGGAUGUCAACAAAUAUUUUGUGGUAAACAUGUUAAUGAACAUCGACAAUAUUUAGCUGAACAAUUAGAUAGUAUUAUGCAAGAACAUGAUUUACUUCAACAUGACAUUGAACACAUAUCAAUUGAUCAUUCAUUAUUACGAAAAAUUGAUCAAUGGGAAAAAGAAUCUUUAGAAAAGAUUCAUCUUACUGCUGAAAUUGCACGACAAAAUGUUAGAAAAAUACUCGACCAAACAAAAGAAAAUCUUUCAAAAACAUGUCAUGAUUUAGCUAUUGAUCUUUGUUCAUCUCGUGAAGCUGAUGAUUAUUCAGAAAAUGAUUUUAUUUGUUGGAUAAAACAAUUAGAAAAACUUAAAUUAGAAAUUACAUCACCAUCUUCAGUUAAAAUUAUUCAAGAUGAUGAAUCUAUUAUUCAUUUAAUCAAAGUUGAAAAUAGUGAUUUUAACAAUGAUAAAUCUACAAAUAGUAAACAACUACCUUUAUUAACAAGUAAAUUAAAUUUAAAGGUUCAAGAAAAAUGUUUAGAUGUGCUUGGACCUGUUACACUCGAAAAGAAAGGUUCUCUUGUCAAACAUACUGGUUUGAUUUCGGAUUAUGCAUAUAUUAGUGGUACUUUACUUUAUUCUUAUGGUCGUCAUACAAUAAAAUUUCGACUUGAAAAGUGCCAACAGCCUUAUCGUAUUUUCUUUGGUUGUAUGUCAUAUCAAGUACAUUUAAAAGAAGAUGCUUUUAGAUAUCCUUAUAGCGUUGGAUGGUUCGGUUCUAAUCAAGUUUAUGAACAUGGCCGUUGUAGUAGCAAUUGCAAAAAGUAUGGUUAUAAUAGUUUUUUAAUACGUACAAAUGAUGUUUUACAACUUACAUUUGAUUGUGAUAAAAAACAAAUUAAACUAUUUAAUGAACGCAUCAAAGUAACAAAUAUACUAACAGUAGAUAUUAACAAGACUCCUUAUCCUUGGCAAUUACUAAUGGUUAUGUUUUAUAAAGACGAUUGUGUAAAAAUUCUUCGUAAUGCAUAA